GAGAGGCGAAGAAGAGGCUGUUCGUCCGCCGACUUCGAGGUUCACAUAAGCCAGCGGAUCGCUCUGCGGCAUUAUAAUAAUAACGCGCGUUCAGAGUUAAUUCUUUACCGCGCGUAGAGCGCCUCCGGCCUGGCGUUACUGACCGAAAUAUUUGCGACCCACUAAUACAACGUUCAUCGACGGAACAACUCCGCGCGAAUCAGAGAAAAUUUUUUUGGUCCUAGUCCUUUUUGAGUACGGUAGCCGUAAACGGUGUGCCCCUGUUAUACGCUGCUUCUGCUGGAAGAGAGAGAGAGAGACAGAGAGAGAGAUAGCGGAGUCCCUUUCGUAGAUUGUAUUAUCGUUUCGCCCUUCGCCGUGGAGAAGUUCUGCAGGGGCAGAGAGACAGAUGAUUCGGGUGGAUGAAAGCGACCCGGUGGGCGAAUCGGACGAUCGUUUUUCGGAGAAGUAGAGGAGGAGAAGGAGGAACUUUAAACGAUCGAACUGCGCUCGCGACGCUAUGCGUUUCGAGAAAACGAGGAAAUCGAAUUACUCUGCAAUACCACGACACCAGGAGGGUGGGAGAGAUCCGAGUUUCCGAGCAGAUUCAAUUUGCCGAAGCAACAAAAUCGAACCGAGUUUCCCCUACCGUGACGUUACAGUUCGGCGUGGUGUUCAGUUUUCAGAUCAUUAUGACAUUGAAUCAGAAGUUGGUCGGGGAAAAUUCGGCACGGUCUACAGGUGCAAGGAGAAAUCGAGCGGUCUCGCCCUGGCUGCAAAAGUCGUCAACACCGGACGAAAGGAGGACAGAAGGGCGGUGGAAAGAGAAGUCGAGAUCAUGAGGAGGCUCCAACAUCCCCGUUUGAUACAAUUAUACGACGCCAUUGCCGCGAACAAUAACAUUUACGUAAUAUUGGAACUGAUCGAGGGUGGCGAACUCUUCGAGAGGGUGAUCGACGAUGACUUUGUACUGACCGAGAGAAGCUGCGCGGUAUUUAUGAGACAGAUAUGCGAAGGUAUCGAAUUCGUGCACGGACAGAACAUCCUGCACCUCGACCUCAAGCCCGAGAAUAUUUUGUGCCUUACGAAAGAAGGUAACAGAAUAAAGAUCAUAGACUUUGGUCUGGCUAGGACGUACGACCCGGACAAAAAGCUCCAGGUACUAUUUGGCACCCCAGAGUUCGUCGCACCCGAAGUCGUUAAUUUUGAUCAGAUCGGUUUCGGUACUGACAUGUGGAGUAUCGGCGUGAUUUGCUACGUUCUGCUGUCGGGACUCUCUCCAUUCAUGGGUGACACUGAUGUCGAAACAAUGGCGAACGUAACAAUUGCGAAAUAUGAUUUCGACGAUGAAGCUUUCGCCGAGAUAUCUCAAGAGGCGAAGAAUUUCAUUAAGAGUCUUCUCGUUAAAGAUAAAGGGGGGCGCGCUUCGGCGACGCAGUGCCGAGCUCACCCCUGGCUGCGCCGGAAGAGUACCCCUGCUCUCGCCCCUCGACAAAAAAACCCUCCUCUGCAGCCGGAAGUGCCUUCUGUAGCGCCCGCGGCGAAAGAUAUCCAGGCGAGAAACGGGGCGAGAGACGAACUCGAAGUAGCCAAGGACAAUCUGAGGCUGUUCGUGGAGCGGUGGCGCGAACAUCCCGACAGUCCCUACGCGGUAGAUGGCCCCGGGUGCCGACCUGACUGCACCUCUGAUCUUGCGGAUUCCCUUGUUGCUGGUUUAGAAUCCGUCUCGACGCGAGGACAAAGCCCUUCGCCCUGCGGAAGCCUCUGCAGUUCGGUCGACUCGGCGAAUCCGAUAGAAAGUGGUCUCAAUAUGCUAACCGUACCUGGCGCUGGACCAAGAGGCCCCUAUCUCGAUAGAAGAGCUUCCGAGGGAACGGCCAUAAGUCACGAUCCUGCGACCCAGAUCGUACUGGCUGAGGAAAUUAUCAAACUUUCGGAACAUCUACGCGCCAUGGCUCUCGCGCCACGCAUCGGAACCGGAAAUCCCAGCGCCCUUGGCGAGGGAACGGCCACUUCCUCCCCGUCUUCUUCUACUACGGUGACAGAGUCCGCUGGAAUCGGAAACCACAUCGAGGCAAGUUCGACAAAAAAAUCUGGGAAAAUUGAAAGGAACAACGGAACGAUGGCGACGAGUAGGCACGAGCCAAACGCGCCGUCCCCGACGAACCGAGUUCCGGAGCAGCCCGAAAUAUCGCGAGCAAAUGAAAUAUCGGAAAAAUUGUCGAGGAUCGUUACACAGAGGAAAACUAACGGCACUUCGUUCGGCGGGGUCGGUAGAUUUACGAAAAAUCAAAACGACCUCGGAGACAACGAUUCUCCCUGUACUAGCUUCGGACCCAAGACUUCCGUUACGAGGACGCGGCGAUUUCCGGAGAAAACUGAAAGCCACAUAAAGUCGCCCGGUUCUCUGGAUACUCGCAGAGCGUUCUCCAAUUCAACCUCGACGACGACGACGACGAGCACCAACGACGACGCUUCCUGGAGAACGCGCGGUACCUCGGCGAGGACGAAAUGUUUCUCGACUUUCAGCUCCUCCUCUUCCACUUCGGAGUACAAUAACGCGGAGAGUCCGAGACUGACGGUGACGACGCAUAAUAACAAUGCCUCGUCGAAAACGAGGACGGGAACGCAAUACAAGAGCGAUCCCAUAUCGAUCGAGAGAAAAUCUUCGUCGUCCUCGCAAGGGCAAAAAGAGAUCGACAUGACACCCCCGUGGCGAAAAGCAAAACUUCAUCGUUUCUCGGAAACCUGUCGCGACGUCCCUAGAAUAUCGAAUCUUCGCGAUCUUCACAGAAGUUUAAAUCUCGACGAGCCAACGAGUACCAAGAAUCUCCUGUUGCAAUUGCUCGAGGAAUGGGACGACGGGCAGACCGGGACUCGGCCGAACGGGAUCGGCAGGAAAUCGGUCAGCCUUGAUUGGUGCGGCGAAGAAUCCGUCGCCAGGCGAUCCAUGAACUCGUUAGCUGAAUAUUUCCAGUCGGAACAGCAAAAACCACCCCCUGGCGAACCAACGCCAUCCGUUCAUCGCUGAUCACCAGAUGAAUUUUGCGUCAGUUCCUAGAUACCUGCUGCUAAUCCGUUUCCCGCUGCUACUCAGGCUUUUUUUUCUUAUUAUUACGUUUUCCACACCCCCUCUAAUUAUUAAUUACCGAAUUAUUAUUUUUAUUUUUAAUUCAUUUAUUAUUUUUCGUUCUCUAUUGCCUCCAAAGUGUGUGUCGGCAAUGAUGUCCUCGCAUCUGCUUGAUAUUUAUUUUGCCUAAACGUACCACUUCCUUUGUCGGAACUUUAAAAUCAUUUUAUCAUGGGUAUCAUAUAAUAUUUUGGGGGUAUGAAAUUUGAUGAUAAAAUGGACAAAUGCCUAGUAGCGCGCAGCUUGAAUGAAUACUCUCGUACAAAAUACAUGUAUAUAUAAUCAUGUGUAAAGUUAGUUAUACCUGUAUAAUGACGAAGAGUUUUGUGAGUAUAUUUCUAUUUUUUCGAAAGGACGACAGAAAUUUUUAAACCUUGGUGGUUACGAAAGCGAGAAGACUGCAAAACUUCAUUAGUUGAACGUCGCACGUUAAAUAUACAUACCUACAAUACGCAAUCUGUAAAUGCAGUUUGAAUGCGUGUGCUUUUAAAACUGGCUACGAUACGACGAGCAAAAUAUUUUCGCCUCUAUAUUUCGCCUUUGAAUUAUGUACUCUGUACAA